AUGAUAGAGGAGAAGUCAUAUAUAGCGACUUGGUGUCCAGUAUGUGACAAGCAAGUAAGCGUCGAGGAACGAGACACGUGCAGACUUCUCACACAUAUCCGUCAAUAUCAUCCCGAGAUCGCUGGCAAAUACUUUUUGCAGAAGAGCGAAGACCUAAAGAUAUCGUCGAAUCGGAUUUCGUCCUCGGUCACGCCAGUCGAUGGUAGUAGCGGCAAGAAGAACGAGCCGAAGAAAGUUUAUGCUACUUGCGUGGACACGUGGAAAUUGCACGACGAGAGGAAAGUCUGCCCCCAAUGCCAGAGGGAAGCUGUGCCAACACUUCAUACUCGCGGCGACAAACUAACGACCUCUCAUAUCGGAGCGUUCUGCCUUUUCGGAUGUUGGCCGUUUUGCUUCAUUCCGUUAAUGAUGAAGCGCGCGAAGAGGGUUCGCGUGAUUUGUCCAUUGUGCGGUCACGUUUAUGGCAACUUUGAAUACAAAAACGCAAAGCUGUCGCCCCGCAAGCCCGCUGACACCGGGAAUUUGAAAGCAGCAGGACUUGUGUCACCCGCACCCGCGAGCUUUUGCGUGCGAGUCACAAAGGAAAAAUCACUGGAGAAUUAA